AGUGGCGGCGCGCGGCCGGCAGGGGGCGCUCGGGCUCCGGCGCGCGGCGGCGGCUGCGCCAUUGGCGGGUCGGAAAUGCCGCCAGAUGGCGGUUUAGGAUUGCGGCUCCGCUGAGCGCGGCCCCCGCGAACGCCACCGCCCCGGCCCCGGCCUGGCUCCGGCCCGCACCCACCUAGACCCCACGCGCCAGCCGUAGCGCAGGCUCCAGGGGCGCUUCCCGGCCCGAGAUUGGACUUUGAGAUUAAUGAACAUAGUUACCAGGAAGUUGUCUUGUAACAUCAUCAUUAGAAGAAAUUCUAUGUAGUUCUAAUAUUUCAUAGAGGGUGCCGUGCUACAAAAAUGAUUACUUCAGAUUUGCCAGUGUUACAGGAUUCAACAAAUGAAACUACUGCACAUUCAGAUGCUGGCAGUGAGCUUGAAGAAACAGAAGUCAAAGGAAAGAGAAAAAGGGGCCGUCCUGGCAGGCCUCCAUCUGCCAAUAAGAAACCUCGAAAGUCUCCAGGAGAUAAGAGUCGUUCUGAACCUGGAACUAGAGGAAUAGGUCGUGGAAGAGCUAAUGGUCACCCUCAACAGAAUGGAGAAGGCGGGGACCCUGUCACUUUGUUUGAGGUGGUGAAACUGGGGAAAAGUGCGAUGCAGUCUGUGGUGGACGACUGGAUUGAAUCAUAUAAACAAGACAGGGAUAUAGCACUUCUGGAUUUAAUCAACUUCUUUAUCCAGUGUUCAGGAUGUCGAGGUACUGUAAGAAUUGAAAUGUUCAGGAACAUGCAAAAUGCAGAAAUCAUCAGGAAAAUGACUGAGGAAUUUGAUGAGGACAGUGGUGAUUACCCGCUUACCAUGCCUGGGCCACAAUGGAAAAAAUUUAGAUCAAACUUUUGUGAGUUCAUUGGAGUGCUGAUUCGACAGUGUCAGUAUAGCAUCAUUUAUGAUGAAUAUAUGAUGGAUACAGUGAUCUCUCUUCUGACUGGUUUGUCGGAUUCCCAGGUCCGAGCUUUCAGGCAUACUAGUACACUUGCUGCUAUGAAGCUUAUGACUGCUCUUGUGAAUGUUGCCUUAAACCUGAGUAUUCACCAGGAUAAUACACAGAGGCAGUAUGAAGCUGAGAGAAACAAAAUGAUUGGUAAGAGAGCUAAUGAAAGAUUGGAGCUGCUGCUUCAAAAAAGGAAAGAGCUGCAAGAAAACCAAGAUGAAAUCGAAAAUAUGAUGAACUCUAUUUUUAAGGGUAUAUUUGUUCAUAGAUACCGUGAUGCUAUUGCUGAGAUUAGAGCCGUUUGUAUUGAGGAAAUUGGAGUGUGGAUGAAAAUGUACAGUGAUGCCUUCCUGAAUGAUAGUUAUUUAAAAUAUGUCGGUUGGACACUACAUGACAGGCAAGGUGAAGUGAGGUUGAAGUGUUUGAAAGCUCUGCAGAGUCUGUACACCAACAGGGAGUUGUUCCCUAAACUGGAACUAUUUACUAACAGAUUCAAGGAUCGCAUUGUAUCAAUGACACUUGAUAAGGAAUAUGAUGUCGCUGUGGAAGCCAUUCGAUUAGUCACUCUAAUACUUCAUGGAAGUGAAGAAGCUCUGUCCAAUGAAGACUGUGAGAAUGUUUAUCACUUGGUGUAUUCAGCACACCGGCCGGUUGCAGUAGCAGCUGGGGAGUUCCUUCACAAAAACUUCCACUUUUGGGAUCUUGACCCUUCGAUUUAUUAUUGUAUUAAUGACAUUAAGACAUUUAAUUAUUUUAUAGCACAUUUUUCCUUAUUUUUACAGGUGUUAACUGCAAAAGAAAGGAAAACUCAGAUAGAUGACAGAAACAAAUUGACUGAACAUUUCAUUAUUGCGCUUCCUAUGUUACUUUCAAAGUAUUCUGCUGAUGCAGAGAAAGUAGCAAACCUUCUGCAAAUCCCCCAGUAUUUUGACCUGGAAAUCUACAGUACAGGCAGAAUGGAGAAGCAUCUGGAUGCCUUGUUAAAGCAGAUUAAGUUUGUUGUGGAGAAGCAUGUAGAAUCAGAUGUUCUAGAAGCCUGUAGUAAAACCUAUAGCAUCUUGUGCAGUGAAGAAUAUACCAUUCAGAAUAGAGUUGACAUAGCCCACAGCCAGCUGAUUGAUGAAUUUGUGGACCGAUUCAACCAUUCAGUAGAGGAUCUGCUGCAGGAGGGAGAAGAAGCUGAUGAUGAUGAUAUAUACAAUGUGCUUUCCACUUUGAAGAGAUUAACUUCUUUUCAUAAUGCUCAUGAUCUCACAAAAUGGGAUCUGUUUAGUAACUGCUACAGAUUACUGAGGACUGGAAUUGAACAUGGAGCCAUGCCAGAACAGAUAGUUGUUCAGGCACUACAGUGUUCUCAUUACUCUAUUCUCUGGCAGCUGGUGAAAAUCACAGAAGGGUCCCCCUCCAAAGAGGACUUGUUGGUAUUGAGGAAAACUGUGAAAUCCUUUCUGGCUGUCUGCCAGCAGUGCCUAUCGAAUGUCAACACUCCAGUCAAAGAACAGGCUUUCAUGCUGCUCUGUGAUCUCUUGAUGAUUUUUAGCCAUCAGCUGAUGACUGGAGGUAGAGAGGGUCUUCAACCUUUGGUGUUCAAUCCAGACUCUGGGCUCCAGUCUGAACUCCUUAGCUUUGUGAUGGACCAUGUCUUCAUUGACCAAGAUGAUGAGAACCAGAGCAUGGAGGGAGAUGAAGAAGAUGAAGCUAACAAAAUAGAGGCUUUACAUAAAAGAAGGAACCUUCUGGCAGCCUUUAGCAAACUUAUUAUCUAUGAUAUUGUAGACAUGCAUGCAGCAGCAGAUAUCUUCAAACACUAUAUGAAGUACUACAAUGACUAUGGCGAUAUCAUUAAGGAAACAUUGAGUAAAACAAGGCAAAUUGAUAAAAUCCAAUGUGCGAAGACACUGAUUCUCAGUUUGCAGCAGCUGUUUAAUGAGCUUGUUCAGGAACAAGGUCCCAAUCUGGACAGGACGUCUGCCCAUGUCAGUGGGAUUAAGGAACUGGCCCGUAGGUUUGCCCUCACCUUUGGGCUGGAUCAGAUAAAGACAAGAGAAGCCGUAGCCACGCUGCACAAAGAUGGCAUAGAAUUUGCCUUCAAAUACCAGAAUCAAAAAGGACAAGAAUAUCCACCUCCUAACCUUGCUUUCCUUGAAGUGCUUAGCGAAUUUUCUUCUAAACUCUUGCGGCAGGACAAAAAGACUGUUCACUCAUAUUUGGAGAAGUUCCUGACAGAACAGAUGAUGGAAAGGAGGGAAGAUGUAUGGCUUCCACUGAUUUCCUAUAGAAAUUCACUAGUUACUGGGGGCGAAGACGACAGGAUGUCUGUGAACAGCGGAAGUAGUAGCAGCAAAGCAUCUUCAGUGAGGAAUAAGAAAGGACGACCUCCACUUCACAAAAAAAGGGUGGAGGAUGAGAGUCUGGAAGGCUCAUGGCUAAACAGGAACGACACCAUUCAAACUCCCGGGGCUCUGCAAACACCACAGCUCACUUCAACUGUAUUGAGAGAGAACACUAGACAAAUGGGAGAGCAGAUUCAAGAGCAUGAGUCAGAACAUGGAUCUGAACAAGAUUUUUUACACAAUCCCCAGAUGCAGAUAUCUUGGUUGGGCCAGCAGAAGCUAGAAGAUUUAAAUCGAAAGGACAGGACAGGAAUGAAUUACAUGAAAGGGAGAAGUGGUGUAAGACAUGCAGUGUAAGUGUUCAAACCACUAAAGAUCCUUUUCGUGAUGAGUAAUUGAAUCAGUGAAUCUGUUAAUGAUGGACUUAAUCCUGCCCUGUGUAGUUGCUAUUUUAUUAGGGUUUGUAAAACAUUUUAUCGCUCUUAAUACAAGCACACUAACAGCUUUAUGAAGUUAUGAUGUGCAUCAGCCGAGGGAAUGUGGGCUAAGGUUUGGCACUCAGCUCUGCAAGACAUUGAUUGCUCCGGCCCCAUCCAUCAAAGCACUUUAAGCAUAAGAGUACUCCCACCAAAGUCAGUAGGACCACUCAUGUGAAUAAUCAUUUGCUGAAGUGCUUUGCUGGAUUGGGGCCAGAGUGCCCAGCACCUUACAAGAUCAAGCCGUUAAUGCUCAGGCCUGGGAACCAGUUUUGGGUUCUAUUCCCAGAAUUCCUGGUGAUUUACUGUGAGACCUUGAGCAAGUCACGAGACCUCUCCGUACUUGCUUGCCCCAUUGUAAAAUGAAGCUAUUACCACUUGCCUGCCCUAGAAGGUUGUUGUAAGGUUUAAUGCUUCGAGUAGCGUCCCUAGGAGUGUUCCACUUCCAGUGUGCAUGCACCUCUCGAGCCCUUGAUCAGAGAUUUUCAGUUAGCAGUGUCUGUUUGACUCGCGCAUGCAUCCUAUGCCUCCUGGUACCAGACACCAAGGCUAUACAGUUCUCAAUCACCUCAGCCUGAGACAGUCCCUUAGUUUGCACCUUGAGUGUGCCUUGGCUUAUCUAUUUUUCUAUACUUGUUAAGAUAGUUAGUAUUGUCAGUUGUUAGUCCAGUUAUAUUAGUUAGAUAAGUAUUGAGAGGAUUGUGUUUUUUCUCCUCUUUUCCCUUCAAGAGGCUUGUUUUUCCUAGCAGGGCAUGCCUGGCUCGCCAGGCUUCAAAUGCUGCCUCUCCUGCCAAGAGGUUAUACCUGUAAGGACAGCCACUCUAAGUGUGUCUGUUUGUUGGGGGAGUCCCACAUCUCCAAGAAGUGCAACCUCUGCCUGGCCCUCAAGUCCAGGGCAAAGAAGAACAGGGAGAUUAAACUCUCACUAUUGAUGAUGGAACACUACCUUAGGCCAGCUUCUGAGUCAGGCCAGGAGACACGCCUCCGCAUACCUGUCUCUCAACUGAUCCAGUGCCCUUUCAACCUCAGCACAGGCUUCCCCUAAGAAGGUGAAGACUUUGGAGGCUUCAUUGAAGACUUUUAAAAAGAGGAAUGCAGACUCUCACAUUAAGGAGCCAGCUCUGAAAAAGCCAAGGAGAGUUCUACAGAGAGAUUUACAGUCUCCAAAGCCUCAACCUCUUGACUUGGUACCAUUGAGUUGGAGGACUCCUCCUCUGGUACUGAGGAGGUGAUGAAGUCCCAAAGCUUAAAGGAGAGACAUGGCUCCCAUAGGACCUCGGUACCCUCUACCAGCAAAGAGGGAAAACAUACUGGACUGGCACCAUCAAGCUCAGACCAACUGUUGGUACCUAUGUAUUUGUCACCAAGCAAGCAUCGGUGCCAGACACCAUCAGCAUCUACUUCAGUACACUCACCAUCAAUGGUACUGUCAACUUCAGCAACUGUGUGCUCAGCUACUGCAUCGGUAGUGAUCCCCUACUCGGUACCACGAACAUUCAGUUAUACAAAGGAUCUCUCUAUAAUGGAUGAACCAAAGUCGCUGCUCUUAAUGGGUACCCAGCCUCUCUCAGUACCAAGAUCUCGAUCUCCUGACCACCUUCCUCUGGUAAUGUAGGACUCUGCACCACUUUCUGUGAGUGCUCCUCCAUUGGAUGAGAUGGAGGAGGAUGAAGGAGACUUCCAGUCAGUCUCCUCUAUUUCUGUUCAGGGUUCUCCAGCAUAUCCCUUCAGGAACCUACUCUCUGACAGUCACAGGGAAGAUCAUUAUCAAGCGUGGUAGAACCAACCCUGUAUGCCAUCCCCACUUCCACAUGAGUCUCGCCUUGGCCAUACUUGGAUCCUGGGGCUGCUUAUUGGAAACAAUUGGCCUGACCACCAGUACCAUCUUAUAGGGAGGCCAGAAUUAUACAGCCUUCUCCUCUGGGGAGGUACCUUGAGGCGUGGCAAGGGCAGAGCAUGCAGAGCCCUCCGCCCCCUACCCCCAGGGGCCGCAAUGCUUCCUGUAGUGGCACAAGGCCGGGGCCACCCCAGAGCCGCUUUAGGUAAGUGGCGCUGGGCCAGAGCUCGAACCCCUCCUGCACCC